AUGGCUUCAUCUGCAGCAAUGUGUUCAGAUUAUAAUGGCCUGGCUACGCCUAAGCCUACUCCUCUAGCUACGCCUAAGCCUACUCCUCUAGCUACGCCUAAGCCUACUCCUCUAGCUACGCCUAAGCCUACUCCUCUAGCUACGCCUAAGCCUACUCCUCUAGCUACGCCUAAGCCUACUCCUCUAGCUACGCCUAAGCCUACUCCUCUAGCUACGCCUAAGCCUACUCCUCUAGCUACGCCUAAGCCUACUCCUCUAGCUACGCCUAAGCCUACUCCUCUAGCUACGCCUAAGCCUACUCCUCUAGCUACGCCUAAGCCUACUCCUCUAGCUACGCCUAAGCCUACUCCUCUAGCUACGCCUAAGCCUACUCCUCUAGCUACGCCUAAGCCUACUCCUCUAGCUACGCCUAAGCCUACUCCUCUAGCUACGCCUAAGCCUACUCCUCUAGCUACGCCUAAGCCUACUCCUCUAGCUACGCCUAAGCCUACUCCUCUAGCUACGCCUAAGCCUACUCCACCUUCAGCUACUCCUGCCCCCCCAAUCCCCCACGUCAUCACGGAGAGCCCUCCUUCUGUUUGGGGGCUCUCCGCUUCCGAAUUUUCUGUGGUACCAGCAAACAUCAUCCUUCACAUGUUUAUCGCGUGA